UCACAAAAUACUCUCUCUCUCUCUCUCUCUCUCUCUCUCCCCCCACUUCUUUCAAGUUUCAAACCAAAACAAAGUACACAAAACAAACUUUAGUGCCAUUACUGACUGAAAAAUUUGUAGCUAGCCAUGGCUUCUGCAACCACUUCAAGUACAUGGGUUAUGCCCAAAGUCUCUACGAGGGAAUUGGGCUCUUGCUCUACCUCAUCAAUCUCUUUAACCAGGUCCAGUAGAAAGAAACAAGCUCCCCACAGCAUUACUUGCGCUCUCCAAACAGCCCCUUCCAUUCUCCAACUCCCCAAACAGUCACAAACGUACCAAAAGCCCAUUUCCGCUGUCGCCAAUCCCACAAUCGCUACUUCCACGGCCUACCCGAAACAAAACUCCGGCGAUGCCCAAGAAUGGAAUUUCUUCCAGAGAGCGGCGGCAAUGGCUCUGGACACGGUGGAGAGCGCGUUGGUGUCGCGCGAGCGGGAGCAUCCCCUGCCGAAGACGGCCGACCCGAGGGUCCAAAUCGCCGGGAACUACGCUCCGGUGCCGGAAACCGCCGUCCGGCAUAACCUUCCGGUGACCGGGAAAAUACCCAGUUGCAUUCAAGGUGUCUACGUCCGAAACGGGGCCAACCCAUUGCACGAGCCGGUCUCUGGCCACCACUUGUUCGACGGCGACGGGAUGGUUCACGCCGUUAAAUUCGGCAACGGCGGUGUAAGUUACUCCUGCCGGUUCACCGAAACGGAGCGGUUGGUCCAGGAGCGGGGAUUGGGCCGGCCGGUUUUUCCGAAAGCGAUCGGGGAGCUGCACGGGCACUCCGGAAUCGCUAGGUUGAUGUUGUUUUAUGCUCGCGGGCUGUGUGGGAUUGUUGAUCAUAGCCACGGAAUCGGCGUGGCGAACGCCGGUCUGGUUUAUUUUAACGGCCGGUUACUUGCCAUGUCGGAAGAUGAUUUGCCGUACCACGUGAAAGUCACUCCCUCCGGCGACUUAAAGACUAUGGGCCGGUACAGUUUCAGCAACCAACUCAAAUCCACCAUGAUUGCUCACCCGAAACUCGAUCCAGUUUCGGGUGAGCUCUUCGCUCUAAACUAUGACGUUAUCCAAAAACCCUACCUCAAAUACUUCCGAUUUUCACCCUCCGGCGUCAAAUCACCUGACGUUGAUAUCCCUCUCUCAGAACCCACAAUGAUGCACGAUUUUGCAAUCACCGAGAACUUUGUCGUAAUCCCCGACCAGCAGGUUGUUUUCAAGCUACCGGAGAUGAUCCGCGGCGGCUCUCCAGUAGUUUACGACAAGAACAAGGUUGCGAGGUUCGGAAUUCUAAACAAAUACGCCACUGACGCUGAUAAAAUCAUGUGGGUUGAAGCACCAGAUUGCUUCUGCUUCCACUUGUGGAACGCGUGGGAGGAACCCGAAAACGACGAGAUCGUCGUGAUUGGGUCGUGCAUGACUCCGCCCGACUCCAUUUUCAACGAAUGCGACGAGGGUUUAGAGAGCGUCUUAUCGGAAAUAAGGCUCAAUGUGAAAACAGGCAAAUCCAAGCGCAGAGCGAUAAUUAAAAGCGACGAACAAGUCAACUUGGAAGCAGGGAUGGUCAACAAAAACAAACUCGGGCGAAAAACCCGGUUCGCUUAUCUAGCCAUAGCCGAGCCGUGGCCGAAAGUGUCCGGUUUCGCCAAGGUCGAUUUGUCGACCGGUGAAGUCAAGAAGUACAUUUACGGAGACGAAAAGUACGGCGGCGAGCCCUUGUUUCUACCCAAUCCAGAAGGAGAAGAGGACGACGGGUACAUCUUGACCUUCGUGCACGACGAGAAGCGCUGCAAAUCGGAGCUACAGAUUGUGAACGCGGCGAACUUGCAACCGGAGGCCUCGGUCAAGCUGCCAUCGCGAGUCCCUUACGGGUUUCACGGCACGUUCAUAGGCGCAAAGGAGUUGGCCAAUCAGGCGUAGUAGUUUUUCGCAAUUUUACGGCGGAGGGUUACCAGAGGGACGACGGACGUAUGCUACAAGUCCCCGGAAUCCUCUUGCUGUUUACAGAAGAAGCAACCCUGUUUUGAUGGGUUUUGUAAUUUUUCAAUUUUGUUUUAGGGUUAUUCUGUGAGACCAGCUUGUAGCUUGUGGUGUGUGAGUAGAAAAAUGGAGCUCAGCUGGUCUCUCUCUCUCUCUCCUAUUCGUUUUUGUUACACGUGAGGAGAUAUGUAUAGCUCUAACUAGAAGAAUAAGGCAACGAUGUCAAUGUAUUGUUCUGAUCUCUCUGUAUUACUCUGUUUUAUGUAAAUUAAGAGGCAUAUAUAACUUUUUUCCACUAUC